ACACCGCCGCCGCCACCACCUUCAUGUCUGUAUCGUUACCACCACCACCACCACCACUACAACUUCUGCUGUCUUCUCUUCUCUCCUCUCUACCUCCUCCAAUCCUAUCAGAAACUCUCUUACCAAACACAUCAUCUCAACCAGUUUGACGUUUACUAUUAUUGUCAUACUUACCCACCAACAACAACACCACCACCACCAGGCACUAACAGUACCAAAACAACAACAGUUACAACACAACAGCAAGCAUAUAACAGCUACAACCAUCUUAUCUCGUUUAAGGCUGUCCUUGUCCUAUUACUCUUGACGAAAAAGUGGGCGGAUCAUCCUAACUGGUGAGAAAUAGUAAGAAAUACAGUGGUUCGGAUUUUGGAAUUUUUACCUUUCUUUCUUCCCGUCUCUCUAGCUUGAUGAGACGCAGUGAAAGCAAGCAGUGUCUACAGUCAGCAUGACCGAUCUAAGAAGACAGAUGGAGGAGGAGGACUCGGUCACUUCUGGGCAAUCGGUUAUGGACAUACCCCUUGAUGAUGCUAAUCCUGUGAAGUUCGAUGUACCGGAUCAGUCAAAACGACAGGAAGAUGAUUUCCUGGUUGCUGCAACAUUGAUAAACGAUGCGAAGUAUGCACGAAACAUGAAUUUCAGAAGAUCUUGCGUAAGAUCUUACAUAUUCUACUCACGUUGGCACCAACGAGGACUUCUUUAUCUAGCCUUGGCGUUGAACCUAGCAUUGUGUAUAUUUGAGAAACCAGCGGUUCCUGGCUUCGAAUUGCCAUUUUGGGCUACAAGUCUACUAGAGUUGGUGUGCCUUGUUAUAUUUCUCAUUCGAAUCAUCCACACAGCAUAUUUUGAUGAAAUGGAGAAAUUCUGGAGAGAUACAAAACACAUAGUCCUCAUUGUAAUAUUGGUGCUUACCAUUAUUGACAUGUUCAGCUACAGCAUGUGGAUUACUUUCGCACCAGUUGGAGCAGUACGGUGGUCUAGAUCCUUACGGCCGUUUCUAAUCGUUAAUUUCCCAGAAGGUAGACAGGUGCGUCAAGCAUUUCGGAACAUACGCCGAGCCUUACCUGAGGUGUUCAACAUCUUUGUUCUCUUCAGCCUCACACUCUGUCUCUUCAGUCUUUUAGCGCUGAAACUUUACGCUCACAGACAUUUGCAUUUCCCCGAUGGAACGCCAUAUUUUACGAAUUAUAUCGAAAGUAUCUGGCAAUUAUACGUCUUGGUGACGACAGCCAAUAACCCUGAUGUUAUGAUGCCAGCCUAUGAUUUCAGUAACUGGGAGGCACUAUUCUUCAUCAUAGUUCUACUUGUUCUUCUUUACAUCUUCAUGAGUAUUGUCCUUGCUGCUAUCUACAACAGUUACCGCGACAAUCUCAAAAACGAAGUAAAAGAUGUGGUGUAUGGCAAAAGACAGAGGUUAAAGAGAGCUUUUGAAAUUUUGAAAGUAACCCAAAACGGUCAAUUUGUAAUAACCAAAGUGCAGUGGAUGAAACUGAUGACCUACGUCCUGCCCAAGCGAAGUGUGCAACAGCAUGAAUUGCUACUGAAGGUACUUGACACUGACAAAGAUGGAACUAUCAAAAUGAACCAAUUUUUAAAAGUUGCCGAUCUGCUUCAGCUUCCGUUGACAGAGGUGAAAGACAGAAUGUCAUUUAUGGAGACCCAUUGUGCGACGAUGUACAACAGUUACAUCAGUAACGUUAUUAAGGUGGCUGUAAGACACAGAUUUUUCCGUUGGUUUUUUGAUGCAUUGAUUUUCGUUAAUGCUUGGAUAAUUGGGUUUGAUAUUGACGAAGCUGAUUGGUUUUUCCUAUCUAUAUUUAUGUUUGAAAUUUUGUUGAAACUCUACGUGUUUGGAGUAAAGAAAUUCUUCCGACUAUUCUGGAAUAUAUUUGACUUCUUCGUCAUCAUUGGUGCUUUGUGCUUCACAAUAUACGACUUCAUAGAAUCUGAAGAACAAAAUAAUUCCUAUAUUUUGGAUUUAUUUUUGGUAAUGAGAGUCCUGCGGCUUUUCAAGACUUUUGCUAACAUUAAAAGGUUCCGGUUGGUGAUCAUGACAAUAGUUAAUAUAGCCCCGUCUAUGACUACCUACGGAAUGAUCAUGCUUAUUUUCUAUUACACUUUCGCCAUUAUUGGGAUGGAAAUAUUUCACGGUCUCAUCAGAUUCCACAGCUACAACGAAACUUACACGGAGCAAAAUAACUUAAGCUUCUGCGGCAACAUAAAAUUGAAAAAUUCUGAUUUUUAUUAUGAACAUUACUGCAGCAACAACUUCAACCACAUUUUCAAGUCAAUGGUAAUUCUUGUUGAACUCACAGUGGUUAACCAGUGGCACAUUCUGUCAUCAGGCUUCGUGCUGGUUACAAACAAAUUUGCACGACUCUAUUUUCUGGCUUUUCACAUUUGCUGCGUUGUCAUCAUCUUGAAUAUCUUUAUAGCUUUUGUCAUCGAAGCGUUUAUAUUGGAAUAUACUUUGAGCAAACAGCGUAAACGAGAGACGGACAUUGAAGUAACCAUCAAAGAACUCGGUUAUAAAACCGGAGUAUAUCAACCUUCGAAGAAGAAAAAACCUUCGAAAAGUUCAGAUAAAGAAAGCUUUGCAGAUAAGGAGGAAGAAGGCGCUGCAUCUGAAAACACGGAUUCAGGUUCAGAUACAAACAGCAUUGAAGAUGUUUCACUACAGAAAGGAUUCCGAUUUCAUUUAAAGAAGCACGGCCGUAAAAGUAUGCGAAUCAUUCUACAGCAAAUGUUUGAAGAAGAGAUUAAUGAAUCAACCGGCAGAAAAAUUACUCUGGAUUCCGUAAUGUGACAUCACCAGUCUUCCAUAGCCAACCAAUCAGCUAACGCAAAUUACGUCCUCUGCCCACAUGAUCUACGAACCAUAAUCGGAAUUUCACUUUUUUUGUUAUUGUUUUUCUUGGAUAAUUCACCAAAAUCGUUUACUAUCCAAAUGUUCGACCACAUUGAACUAUUUAAACGUUCGUUUGUUCAUUGGUUAAUUAUAUACCAGAUGACAAGUCUGUCUAGGCAUGUCCUCUCAACUGUGAAAAGGUUCUGUGACUGGUUUAAAAAGAGCCCCUACAGGCACCAGAAGUUAUUGACGAAUGUUGUUAAUCUUUUAGGGGGUUGUCAGUUGUGUGUUCGUAUCUUCCCUUUGUUUAGAAUUAUUUAAAUUGUGAGAGACCACAUAGCUUUAGUUCUCUUGAAAGGAGUAAAUCCUGCUUGGGUGUUUGAUAGCGAACCACAAGGGUCGUUUACCCGCUAAAUAUAACAGUCGUCUCUCCUUCAAAUCACAGCAACCGUCUUGGAAAAAGUAAAAGAUACGUUUGUUAAUGUAGUCUUAGACAUACCAACAAAAAAAAUAAAUGGAAUGCUCAUGGCUCGAACGUCUUUGAUAAUAGACCUGGUUGAGCGGAACUGACCUAUAAUUAAACAAUAAUAACAACGUCGUUUAUCACUGAUCACCUCGAUCUGAACCGAUCAUCAUGGGGCCAAACAGCGUCAAUUAAUUGAUUAAACAUGACACAUUAGCAAAGAAAAACUAAAUUUUUUAUUUAUUUCAAAGACAAAGACAAAGUAAGCAUUCAAGGCUGGACAUUUCAUAAAUGCGUUUGUUGACAGGAACAGUAUUGCGUCAGACAUUAUGCUAAACAAUAUGGUGCCAUUCUUUUCACAUUCCAAGUUCUUAACGGCUGAAUAAAUUGAUAUUCAGUAACAUACUAGAUAUGGCAUUUUUAAUUCUAUAUACAUACAUUACAUACGAGGUGGGGGUGGGGUGCUGAAAAAUUCCUGGCUUUGGGUAAAACAAAAUACAGGAGGAUCAGUUGAAUAAAAUUAUAAUUAACGUAUUUCCCUCUCAGGUUCCCACACUUAUUGCAGCGUUCCUUCAGUUUUCCUAAGCUCUGUAAAAGAAUUGGGAAUGUCGGGCCUCCAACCCGGCUUUUCUCGAUACCGUUCACUGAUGGAGACAUAAUUUUCUAUGGCUUAACAAGAGAAAGGAAACCAGUACCUCUCACUUUUACAGAGCUUUCGUGAAUAAUGGAGAACGGGAUGAAAGAAAAACGCCAUGUCUGGUGUAUUUCUGUUGUAGGUGCCAACUCAGUCCAUAAUAAUGUUAUCCUCGUAGAGGUAAAAUCAGGCAGACUUAUAAUUAUAUGUAAAAAUAAAUAA